ACCUGAUGGGUUGAAGACGAUGAUGAGUGAAAUAAACCAGAUUGCUUUCUACAACUUACUACGCAUCGACAUGAUAAUCACUGCAGUACAGCCCUGGGCGCUGAGUAUACCCCUGUUUCUUCAAAAGCUGCCUGGCCUUAAGCACCAGCUCCUGGUUACUAAUCCUCCCACCCGACUCAGCAAUUAUGGUCUGUAUAGCGUUGCUCAGAGCCCCAUAUGCCUUACUCGGAUCCCCAGAUGGUGUGGCAUCUGCAGAUGUCUGAUCCGUUUGGCAGCCACUAAUGAGAAUGCCACUGUCUGGAAGGGCCCUCUUAGUAGCUCCUGCGUAAGCCUCCUCUUUCCUCCCCACGUGAGUCUC